AUGCCUGUGUUUUACUCGCCUGUGCCCGAGAACCUGCAGAUGGGUCUGGCCUACAUGGGGGGCUCGGUGUUCACAAACAACAGGACGGCCGACAGCGACUUCACCCGGGAGCAGGAGGAUGCAUCUGUGGUCAACGAGCUGGUUUCUCAUCUGCCCCUUCAAAUGCUCCUCUACUUCAACAUGUUCUACUUUCCCUGUUGGUGGUUCUCUGCCGUGUUCAUGCUGGAAGUCAAGUUCUACCAUCUCGCCGGUUACUACCAGGCUCUGCUCAUAACCGGGAUGAUCCUCCUCACGCUCAUUGAAGUGGUCCGACUUUAUCUGGGCUACGUUGGCAACCUUAAAGAAAAGGUGCCAGAGCUGGCAGCCUUCUGGCUCCUGUCUUUCAUGUUCCAGCUGCCGGUGCUGCUGUUCUUCCUGACCGAUGAAGGAAUUAUCAUCCUGCCUCUGGAGAGGGCCGUCCACUUCCUCUACCUCCUCUUCCUCCUCGCCCAGAUCUUGGCCUCCUUCAUGGCGCUCAGGACCAUGACCCGAAAGCUCACCUUGCUCUUCUAUCUGCGCCAGUUUGGAAAGGUGGAGGGCUUCCGGCACGCAGGGAUGAGCCCAGUCUACGGGCUUCCCUACCACCGCAGUGUGCUGCCGGUGUCACCCAACCAGGACAUGUACCAUUGA